UCCCCACCCGCUCCCGGAGCCCAGUUGUUCUCUCAGCGGAUUCUCAGGGGCUGGUUCAUCACCUUCGAAUACUCCGGUUACAGGAGGCGCUCGCAAAACCCGCCCCCAGCCCCCAGCAGCAAAUAAAUAGAAGGCUCCCAGCCCAGAAGCCAGGAGAAGUUUCUAGGCGCACGCCUCCCGAGCUUUAUUAAACUCCUGGCUGCACUCAAGACCUCAGCAGGCUUUGGCUGGGAGCCGCCGGGGCAGCCUGGGAGGAGGGCAGCCGGUGGCUUGCCUGGUGAGGUGGGACUGAGAGCGGCCCUCUGGGAUUCUGCUGGGCCCGCUUAGGGGAGUCACCCUUGGGAGCCAGGACCCCAGCUCAAUUCCGGGCAGCCAGCGGAUGGUUGGACUCGAGGCUAAAGGAAGAUCAGCAUUUUCUGAAGUGGAGGACUGAAAGCCAUCUCAAGCCACAUCACCUUGCAGUGUGACCUUUGGGCAGGUGGCUCCGUCUCUCUGAGCCUCUGUUUCCCCCUCUAAGCUCAGCAAACGCCAUGGCUGACGGGCAAUUGCCUUUCCCAUGCUCCUACCCAAGCCGCUUGCGCCGAGACCCCUUCCGGGACUCGCCGCUCUCUUCCCGCCUGCUGGACGAUGGCUUUGGCAUGGACCCCUUCCCAGACGACUUGACAGCCCCUUGGCCCGAGUGGGCUUUGCCUCGGCUCUCUUCAGCCUGGCCUGGAACCCUAAGGUCCGGCAUGGUACCCCGAGGGCCUCCAGCCACAGCCAGGUUUGGGGUGCCUGCUGAGGGCAGGAACCCCCCACCCUUUCCUGGGGAGCCCUGGAAAGUGUGUGUCAACGUGCACAGCUUCAAGCCAGAAGAGCUGAUGGUAAAGACCAAAGAUGGAUACGUGGAAGUGUCAGGCAAUCAUGAAGAGAAGCAGCAGGAAGGUGGGAUUGUCUCCAAGAACUUCACCAAGAAGAUACAGCUUCCGGCAGAAGUGGACCCAGCGACCGUCUUCGCCUCGCUUUCUCCAGAGGGUCUGCUCAUCAUCGAGGCUCCCCAGGUCCCUCCUUACUCGCACUUUGGAGAGAGCAGCUUCAACAGUGAGCUUCCUCAAGACAACCAGGAAGUCACCUGUUCCUAAGAUGUCAGCCUCGGUCCUUCUUUGAUCCCCUCCCCAGCCCCAGGGACUCUCUGAUUUGAGGGUACACUACUUUAGCAGCACUCAGAUUUAAGGCAACUCAGAUGUUGGGGGAUGGGAGGGAAGCUAAUGCCCCCCUUCCCCCCUCCCCCACCUGCACACCCAGUCCCUGGAUAAUGUAGUAAUAGAUUUCUCCACAGGGUGACGCAAUGGGCCAGCCUUGCUUGGUUGCGUUAGGUCAAAGUAUUGGGAGGUUUUUCUUCAUCUUACCUGGGUGAAGAUGCCUCUCGGUCUAUAGUUGCAAACAAGCAAAUGAGGACUGGAGAGUUCGUGUUACAUUCUUACCUUGCAGCUAAUGCGAGCGCUGCUUUUCUCUGGGGACCUUCCCAUCACCCAGACCCCUGCUCUGGGCUCUCCUUAUGUGUGUGGCUUGGUUGAUGGGACUCACUGGCUCACCUCCGUGUUUCUAAACUCUCUAUCUAGAAGAGUUUAUAGGCGGGUCUUAUAUCUCAGUAUGGGGUUUAUCCAUCACUACACGACACAGUGCCUUUUCCUGCAGCAUGACCCCAUAGCUCUCAAACCAUCACCACCAAGGACUCUGGGAGCCCCUCAGUUAAUUCUCUGGCUAAGGUCCCCUUUUAUUGUGUCCCCCGUGUCCAAGUCACAUUUUUACAGAGAGCUGUCUUCGAGCAACUCCGCCAGGAACCAAGCAAAGCCCAGACAGCCUGGCUCGCAGGCUAGUGGCAUUGUGUAUGUGGGGGGGGGACGUGUGUGUCUUUGUUGUGUGAAUUGUGCUGUUGUUUAGGGGGGAAAUAAUGGUAAAUAAUAAUGAUAAUAAAGGAGCUGAUGUUCUUA